CAUAAAGAUUUAAAUCUUGACAAGAACAGUCCAGCAUUUCCCUAUGGAGUCUCUCAAGUUGAAGAUAUGGGGAAUAUAAUUUUAACACUGAUAUCUGAACCAUACAAUCACAGAUUUUCAGAUCCAGAAAGAGUGAACUACAAAUUUGAAAGUGGGCCUUGCAGCAAGAUGGAACUUGUGGAUGACAAUGCUGUUAUCCGAGCAAGAGGAUUGCCGUGGCAGUCGUCUGACCAAGACAUAGCGAGGUUCUUCAAAGGGCUAAAUAUUGCCAAGGGAGGUGCUGCACUCUGUCUCAAUGCCCAAGGUAGGAGGAAUGGGGAAGCUCUCGUGAGAUUUGUAAGCGAAGAGCACAGAGAUCUAGCGCUACAAAGGCACAAGCAUCACAUGGGGAAUCGAUACAUUGAGGUAUACAAGGCAACAGGUGAAGACUUCCUUAAAAUUGCAGGAGGCACUUCCAACGAGGUUGCGCAGUUCUUGUCGAAAGAAAACCAAGUGAUUGUCAGGAUGCGAGGUCUUCCUUUCAACGUAACAACAGAAGAAGUGCUGACGUUCUUUGGCCAGCACUGCCCUGUAACGGGAGGAAAGGAGGGAGUCCUGUUUGUCACGUACCCUGACAGCAGGCCAACAGGGGAUGCCUUUGUGUUGUUUGCUUGUGAGGAAUAUGCACAAAAUGCACUGAAAAAGCAUAAGGACUUGCUGGGGAAAAGGUACAUCGAACUCUUCAGGAGCACUGCAGCAGAAGUUCAACAGGUGCUGAACAGGUACUCUUCCACACCUCUCAUUCCUCUCCCAACACCUCCUAUUCUUCCAGUAUUACCUCAACAAUUUGUGCCUCCCACUAACGUCAGAGACUGCAUACGUUUGCGUGGUCUUCCUUAUGCUGCUACUAUAGAGGACAUCCUGGAGUUCUUGGGGGAGUUUUCUACAGAUAUUCGGACCCAUGGAGUUCACAUGGUACUAAAUCACCAGGGACGUCCAUCAGGAGAUGCUUUCAUUCAGAUGAAAUCUGCAGACCGAGCUUUUCUGGCGGCACAGAAGUGUCAUAAGAAAACUAUGAAGGACAGAUAUGUUGAAGUCUUUCAAUGCUCUGCUGAGGAGAUGAACUUUGUAUUAAUGGGGGGCACUUUAAAUCGAAAUGGCUUGUCCCCGCCACCAUGCCUUUCACCCCCUUCCUACUCCUUUCCAACUCCUGCUGCAGUUGUGCCAACAGAAGCUGCUCUGUACCAACCAUCUAUGCUCCUGAACCCACGAACGCUCCAGCCCUCCACAGCGUACUACCCUGCUGGGGCUCAGCUCUUCAUGAACUACACAGCCUACUACCCCAGAGACUUGAGAGUACACAUGGCUCCAGCUGUACAGGAGUAUGCAGCAGAGGAUGGACUUGUACACACAAAUGAUCCGGCCAGGACAGUGUCCAAAGAAUGGAUUUGCAUUUAA